AUGUUUAUUCAUCUGUUCUUUUUUUUUUUUCUCCUGAUCAGCUGUUUGAUUAUAACCUUCCUCAGCAGUGUUACCUUACCUUCCUUUCAGUAUGCGAUUGGAUAUAGUGGAGCGAUGUGAUAUUCGGUUUUUUUUUUUUUUUUUAUUCUUUACCUGAAUUUUAGUUAAAUAAGCCUGUGUGGUCGGAUUUUGUCCAAUUAUCACCUAACAUUGAAUUUCUCUCCUUUGUCUUUUUGAGACCCACCCAGACGUUCAACAGGUGUUCAUGCCGUUCAGUGGCAUCGAACUAGAAGACUUGAAGCACAGCAAGCAGCUGAGGGCACACGCUCUAAGGGUAAUGGCGUUUGUGCAGAAAUGUAUUUCCCGACUGAACGAGCCAGAAAAAUUGGAACAGCUUCUCAGAGAAUUGGGAAAAAAACAUCACAGUUACAAAGCGAAGGCGAGAUAUGUUGACCUUGUUGGACCUCAGUUCAUUCAGGCAAUCCAGCCGUCACUUGGGGAAGAAUGGACUGAAGAAGUGUCUGCAGCAUGGGUGCUCCUCUUUGCCCAUAUCGGCUACACCAUGAAAGGAGCCAUGAAUGAGGCAGCUGAUGAAGCCAAGAUGAAACAAUAGCAGUCGCAGCGCCGGGCGUCCACCUCCAAGCGUCGUUGGAGUCUCGCCCGGUCGCAAAAAUAAUUCUAUUUACAUGACCAACAAUUGAAAUGACAUUGAAGAACAGUCAACUUAAAAUACUAACAAAAAGCAAGAGAUAGAUUUUAGACAGUUCAGAUGUCUUAGGUAUGAUUAUUUUUAUUACUAAAUGACAACAAGUUUAUGUUUACAAUCAUACAUAAAAUUACCUACAUAUAUAUUCAACAUGUACCUACAUAAACAUAGGUAUAUAUACCAUAGAUGCAAUUGCGUAAUUCCUUCAUGGAUUCAUGUUCCAGUUAUAUAUUUGUAUUUACAUUGAUAUGAUUAAUAUAUUAUGUGUGAUUAUACAAUUACAUGUCUUUAUUAGACUUCAAAUCACCAACAAUAUUGAUGCCAUACUAAUUAUUUAAUUAUAAAAUUGUUAGUGCCAUUCUAACAUGUUUAUACUCAUAUUUAAAUAUACUGAACUUAGCAGUGUCUGCUUUCUAGCCUUCAGUUAAAAAUAAAACUGAGUUGGUCCAUGAAUUUAAUAUAUAUACAUGUUUACAUAAACCAUUAAGGCGUUCUCAAAUUUUUUAUAUAUAUAUAUAUAUAU